GAGAGAGAGAGAGAGAGAGAGGACUUCCCAGCAUGGGGAAGAGGGAGGGGGUGAGUUGCUUGGUGGAAGGGACAGAAAUGUCCUUCAUAUAAACCGGUGACAAAGUGGCGAGCAGCGGCCCCAGCGAAGCAGAGAUCACAGCCAGCACAGAGAGAGAGGAGGAGACCGAGCACCGAGCACCGUGUACAGGCGCUGGAUCCACAGCAACACACCGGAGAGACACGGAGAAAACACCCAGCAAACAGAAGAAACUAAUCCGAAGCAUCCUUUACUCUCCUGACAGACCUGUUUGUGGCUGUAAAAAUGGGUGUCACCUCUCGUCCUCUGCUAUUGGUUUGCGCGUAUUUGUCGGUCGCGCUGAUUGGUGGAGCCCACUCAGAGGGGGUGUGUCUUCAAGACGGCAAGCACAAGGCCACGCCCGGCCCAGAGCCGCAACUGAGGGAGUGUGGGCUGUAUGCUGACAAUAGCUGCUGCACAGAAGAAGACAUCCAGGAUAUCUCCCAUGUUCCCUCUGCUGACAAUAAGAAUGCACCCUGGGACAAGUGUGGGCCUCUGAGCUCUGAGUGUGAAGGCUUCCUGAAGCGUGUGUCAUGUUUUUACCGCUGCUCCCCUGAUGCCGCGCGCUGGCCUCACCCCCACCGCCGCUCAUACAUCCAGGCUGUGCCGCUCUGCCACAGCUUCUGCCGUGAUUGGUUUGAUGCCUGCAGGAUGGACAUGACGUGUGCUCGUAACUGGGCCAAAGACCCCAGGGGACAGAACUGCUCUGGAACUUGUGUUUCGUAUCAGCAGAUGUACCAGCACGGCAGGGAUCUCUGCGAGAGCCUGUGGGGAGGCUUUAUGACAGUGGAGGAUGAGCCAGAGGACAUGGGAGAGGUUGGAGCGGAGGGUGCCGGCGGUCGUCCCUGCGGCUGCCUGACCCUCAGUCCCUCAGACAAGGAUGUGAUCGCCGCCCUCAGGGCCCAGCAGGAUGACCCAGAGGAGCUAGAUACCACCAAGGCUGGCCUGCCUCAGUACCGGGCCCCGUGCCAGACCAAGCUGCCCCCGCAGGCCAGGAGCGGCAGGAAGGGGAACUCUGUGCUGCGUAAACGCUCGUUGGUGGUGGACGACGUUGAGGGGAGUGGGAGCGGCUUGUAGAGAGGAGUGAUAUGAGGAAAAUAUAUUUAGAGAUUGUUGUCUAGAUCCUAAUCUAUUUCUUGAAAUGGAGUUGUAACCGUGCUCCUCUAACUAACCUUCAGACCCAAACUGUCAUUAUCAUUAUCGUCACAUUCUACAUAUAAUCAAUGGUAUUAAAUAAUAUAUGGUAUAGGAUAGACUGACAAGCUUGUAACAACCUAAACAGCCAUGAUUUCAAAAAAGAAAAAUAGAUUUAAAGGUAAAAACAUUUUUAAUUCUGCAAGGGCUCUGACUUUAAUAACAAAUGUAUUGAUAAUAUCCUAUAAUGGCUGCACAAAUGUUUUAUCACCAGCUAUCAAGGUGAGGAUUUUUAUUUUUCAAAAGUCAAGUAUUUUAUCUGCUUCGUAUGGUUCAGUAAAACACAUCACUGACAUUAUGAUAUGAUGCACAUGGGAAGCUCUACAGUACUAGCGCUUGUGCAUGAAUCAAAUUACAGUUUUGUUAACAUGAUACAUAAGUAGCCUACUUCACUACCCUGCUUCUCUUUUCAAUCAUCUAGGUGACUUUAAUCUGUGCUUUAGUCAAAUAUUAAAUGCAGAUCUUACUGUUGUGAUGCUGUAUUGUACAGUCUACAUGUCAUAUAUGAUAUAGUGGAAAAGGUCACGCAGAGUAAUGAUAAUAAUGAAUGUAGCUUUCUAACAGAUUACUGGCCCGAACGUAAUGGGAUCUGGUAUGAUAAUGACAACGGAGAGUUAUGCUUAAUACCUAAGGGAAGGUUUAAUAUUCAGAAACAAAUCUGCCUACCAGAUUAAAUCCACAGAGGCAGCAGAGGCAGGAUAGGUUGUUCUGACGUAUAUCACCAAUGUACUGUGGAUGUUUCUUUUAUAAUUACGUUAUGUAUUUUCUAGAGCGGGCACUGUUAGAUGUAAAUGUUUUGUAAAAUAAAAGGGAGACUGAUUCGUCCAAUUUCUGGUAAGCUUGCUGAGAUGGGUGUUUCUUUGCUUUACGUUCUCAAUAAAGACAAUAUUUCUAAAUGCCAA